AUGGAGGGUGCUAAAUUUAAAAUAUUAUCUUAUGAUGAACAAAGAAGAGUAGCGUUGAUUGAAUUUGAGGAGAGAGAAGUUGUAUUCAGACUAUUGAGAAAGAAAGAGAUAGAAUUCCAUGGUCAAACAAUCACAAUUUUACCACAUAAACUGACUGUAGCUGACUGUAAUAACCCAAGAAAACACCUGAAAGUGACAGGAUUUAAUUCUAGAACUUCUACAGAAAUGAAAGAAAUGUACUUUGAAAGUAAAAAGAAAAGUGGCGGUGAAGCUGAAAGUGUUAAUUUUGUAUCUUAUGAGACAAUUGAAGAUGCUGAAAUAGUUUGUAGAAAACAACAUACAAUAGGAAAUGAUACAGUGUAUGCUUCAAAAUAUGUACCACCACCUAAAUGGAAUCAUCGGUUUUUGAUAAGUAAUAUUUCUGAAGAUACAUCUUUGAUAAAACUGAAAAAUUUUUUAGAAGGAAAGUUAGGAUGUGAUACAACAAAAAUAUUAUUUAACGAAGUAGGAGAUAAAGCUAUAGUUUAUUGUUCAUCUGAUCAGUACGUAAUAGAAAAGGAUAUUCUAUUAGAUCUAUAA